AUGGCACGGAAGCCGCCACCCGAGCCUGCCUCGGUUCCCCGCAGGCUCCGGCCGCUGAUCGUCGUGGAGAAUCCGAAGCCGAAGCCAGGAUCCCGUUGCGCCGAGGCGUCCGGAGAAACGGCGGCGGAGUGCGCAGCCAUCUUCUGCUGCUGCCCCUGCGGCCUGGCGAAACUCCUAGUUUUCGCGGUAAUCAAGCUGCCGGAGGGGCUCGUACGGAAGGCCCUGCGACGGAGGAGGAAGCGGAAGAAGAAAGCCACCGGGAUCUGGCGGCCCAAAUACGGCGCCUUGGACGAUGACGACGACUUCAGCGUUCACGGAGGGUUCCUUUUGGCGGCGGCAGGGACCGAGGAGGCGUGGCCCGCGAAGACGCCGUCUCAGGAGCUGCUGGAGUUGGAGAAGGAGAUGCGGGCGAAGUUUUACGGCGCCGGAUUUUGGCGAAGCGGUUCGCAGAAGGAGUAG